CCGGGGCUGGGAUUCAAACUCGUGUUGACUCACUCCGGUCACGUGUUGGUCGCCAUGCGGAGGGUGGUGGAGGUGUUGGUGCGGGUGGUGCUGGCGGUGGCUUGCGGGGUGAUGGAGCUGCUGCCGCCCUUCCAGCGCGUGGUGCAGCCGGAGGAGAUGUGGCUUUAUCGCAACCCUUACGUGGAAGCAGAUCGCGUUCCCACGGCGCUGAUGUUCUUCAUUGCAUUCCUGUCUCCGGUGCUGCUCAUCAUCCUGGCCCGGCUGUUCCUGGGUGCUGAUCAGGAGGACACAAGGGAGGCUUGUCUGGCUGCCAGCCUUGCUCUCGUCCUCAACGGGGUCUUCACCAAUGCCCUGAAGCUCAUGGUGGGCAGGCCACGGCCGGACUUCUUCUAUCGCUGCUUCCCAGAUGGACGAGUGAACACAGAGCUGACCUGCACGGGUGACCCCAACGUGGUGGCUGAGGGACGCAAAAGCUUUCCCAGCGGACACUCCUCAUUCGCCUUUGCUGGCCUUGCCUUCUGUGCCUUCUACCUGGCUGGGAAGCUGCAUUGCUUUGCUCCUGGCCGGCGAGGCUCAGCACUGCAGCUCUGUGCUUUCCUCCUCCCCCUGUUCAUUGCCACACUUAUUGCUGUAUCCCGCACCUGUGACUACAAGCACCACUGGCAAGAUGUGCUGGUUGGCUCAGCAAUGGGCUUCGUGCUGGCAUACCUCUGCUACAGGCAGUACUACCCUCCUCUGAUGGACUCCGUGUGCCACAAACCAUUGCUGUCUAUAUCUAAACAACUGCCAGCACACCAAGAAAAACCUGCAGCUUCCAGCUUUCACCUGGACAUUUAGUGAUGAUCUGUGUCCUGCUGGCACCACGAGUAUCAGGACAGGGGAAGGCUGGCUGUGACCCACAGGAUGGUAAGCUGUCCUGCUCAGUGGGUGUGUGUGGCUUCAUUUCAAUGAGUUUUAUAGGUGUCCCUUCCUUUGGACCUGCUGGAAAGCGAGCUGUGCUUCAGUGAGCCUGCAGGACAGCCCAGCUUCAGAAGGUCCUGAACUGAUGUGUUGUGCCACGGCUGUGGGUGUCCUGGGUCAGGUCCACAACAAAGCACAGUCAGAGGUUUCCCUUCAGUGCAUCUGAGCUGCCCCAUCCCUUCCCUUAGGAUUCAUGUGUCAAAGUGAAGGGCAGGACCUGUUGUGCUGGUGUUUAAUGCAUCUCAUCAGUCAGAGAUGAAGUAAUUUGGAGUAACGAGUACAAAGCUACAGCCUUUCCCUAUGGAUUGAGCAGGGCAGACAGAAGAUGCAACUGGCAUGAUUGUUAUUUGUGUUAUUGUGCUGGCUCUUUUUUCUUCUUAAUUUGGCAAAUAAAGGAGUUACAACAGUAACUCAUGUGCCAUCAGUUUGGGCCCCAUCAGCCCCACGUAACCCUGAAGCCUUAGUAGAACUUACAGACAUUGCUUCUCCUUUCCCUCUCCUCCAAAACACAUCACAGGCAUCUGUUGACUUGUUUUGACUUUUACUGGAAAAGACAUUAAAUAACAUUUAAAACAUUA